AUGUCACUUCCAUUUGGAGCUAAAUAUUUAAAAGACACGGGGAUUCUACAAGCUUAUCAAGCAUUUAUUGCUAGUCUAAUGGAAAAUGGACCUCCUGAAGGAGAUCCUCUUGAACAAGCUUCAAAAUUCAUAUUAAAUUAUGAAUCUACUAUAAGAUCACAAAAAUCAAAACUUUCAAGUGAAACCGAUGAAAAAAUCGACAACAAUGAAAACGAAGAACCAGCUGAAUCCAAAAAAGAAAGGAAAAAAAUUAUUUUAAAAACCAAGCCAAGGGUUCAUCCUAGCAGCCAAAAUAUCACGCCUUCCGUUUUUGAAACGAAAGAAAGGAAAAGACUAUUAAUUUCAGCUUACAAGAAACAAGAAAUUGAUUACUCUUAUAUUGAUGUUUUUGAAGGAAAAAGAAUUGUAAUAGAUCCUUUGCAGCCACAGCCAGCUGUCGAGAUAACGAUUUCCAAAGAAAAUUAUGAAGUUGGUGGAGAAGAAUAUAGCAUAGCCCGGGCUUUACUGAUGACUCCCAACGUGGCUUAGGGAGUUGACAAGCCAGUAUUUGCUGAUAAAACCAAUUCCUUGAGUGGCAAAUCUCCGUUAUUAGGCGGAUUUAAAACCCAGAGAGUUGGUUUACAACAAAUGCUGGUUUGUCAACUCCCUGAAUGACAUCGGGAGUCGUCAGCGCAGCUUGAGCUAUAACAAGGUUCGGGCUAUAUAAUGAAGUUGUGCACGGAGAAAGUAUGGUUAACUAUGAGAGCCAAAAUGAACCAUCGAAGCCUGGAACUGCCAACUCUAUGAAAUCUUCAGUUUCUUCAAAGUCUUCAAAAUCUUCCAAAUCCUCUAACUCCCCCCCCCUCCGUGAGUGAACAAAAAAUUUUGUUCACUCACGGAGGGGGGUUAAUUUUUUUUUUCAAAAAAAUUAUAUAUAAAUUUUUAUAGAAAAUAUUUUUUUUCGAAAUUUAAAAAAUAUUAAUUUAAUUUGUAAAAUUUAUGUUUUAAAAAGCAAUUCGUUUAAAAUUAAAUAGAAUUAUCUCUAGAUUUCAUUAUACUAAUUAUCACUUAUAUAUCAAAAUUUUUUUCCAUAAAAAAUUUUUCUAUUAAAAACAUUUUUGUUCACUCACGUAGGGUGGGUUUUUGGGCAAAAAAUGGCGAUUUUUCUAAUGGUUUUGUUCACUCACGGAGGGGGGGGGAGUAAGCAUCUAGUUAAAGUUGGAAUGGGAGAAAAGAAACGAUCUCAAACCUCAAGAGCUUUUCAAGAAAUGGCAGAACUAGAAGACUCUGAUAAACCUGCAACUGCGAAGAGGUUUGAAGAAAAUAAGUCGAUGAAUGUAUAUCAAGAGCUUAAAAAUCCUUUAUCUCCAGCAAUGCAUGAAAUAGAAGAAACAGGAGAACAAUAA